AUGGCACCAAAACCAGCUAUUGAGGGCGCCAUUCCCAACUACGGGGUCACGGACGGUUCAAAAAUUGAUGUCGUCACUACUGAGAGCGGUAUCAAGCACUCUCUUGUUCGUAACAGCUUUGACAAGUCUUCUAUGGAUAACAAAAUCGCUAUUGGUUACUCAGGAAUCGGUAUCAACGUGGCUGGCGGAAAGUCCUUCGACUCCCAAGGUGAGCAGUCGUCAGCGAACAACAGGUCCAUCAAGAGCAUGAUUGGUAUAUACAAGCUUCCCCGAGCCACUCUGUUUCUCAACGCGGAUGAUCUCGUUCCGACCAAGGCAUUCAUAGAGGGCAUUGAAAAGAUCAAGAAGCUAGGUGAGGAAGCAGACGAGACAGACGUUCGCAAGUUUUACGAAAGAUUUGUCAUUAUUGGGGCGGAGUCAAAGAAGGAAAUCACAUCAGGUGCCGACCAAAGCAUUGUUCGCAGCUAUAAAGACAGCGAUGAUAGCGUGGUGUUUGAAGCUGUUGGUGGGAAUACCAUCUUGGCCUCCAAGUACAAGCCCUUAACCCCAAGACUCAGACAAGAGAUGAAGUUGAUUCUCGACUCGUUCAAAGAUAGUGGAGAUCAUGAGCUCCGAGAUGUCGUUGACUUGUUCACUAAAGCAUCUCAACUUACUGUCUCCAAGUUCAUUGAUAUUCCAAAGUCUGCGAAAAUCAUUGCGCAAUUUCGUUUCAAGACGAAGAGUACGAAUGCGGACAAAACACACUACCUUCGUCAUGACAUCUAUAAACUUAUUGACUUUGGACCUCAAUCUGCGAGUGAGCAGAGGAUUAUGCCACAAAAGGUCACUAUUCGCUCUGGGCGCGAUUCGCAAACCGCCUGGUAUCUCUCCGUCCUCAGAACGUCGGCGGGAAUCUUCGUUCCCUGCAUCACGACCUCGAAACAUUUCGUAUGGAGAGUCCGAGAAGUUCUGCGGCCCAACACCAAGAGCACCAUUGCAAAAGAGCCUUCACCCGACAAACCUCUCAGACACGACGCGGUUCUGUGCUUGACCUUUGACUUUGAGGACAACCCCCGAGGGUACCGAGACUUCAAAGACGAUGAUCGCGGCUUCCGGAAUGUAGAGUACCCGGACAAAGACACCACUCAGUUGGUGCUCGUUGAAUCACGUAACAGGACGGAUAUAUGGCCGGACCGCAGAGUUCUCCUUCUUGCCGACGGAGAACCCUUUUUUACAGAGUCUACUGCCAAAGUCGCGGACUUGAAUGAUUCCGAGAUCUCUGUGAGAAUUGCAAAGUUCAACAUUGACGUCCGUGACCAAAUGGAUGACGACUACGAUAUCUUACAAAAAGAUGGCGAUUCCAUCAAGGCGAGACACGAUGAGCAGCAGAAGAAGUUGAAGACCAGAGAGGAGGGAUCUUCAGG